AAUCAGUGGCUUCGAUUGCGUUGGAACAGGUCAAAGCUCUCGACGAAAAAGAAUUCGAAGAGGACAAAAUUAAAGAGAUUGUUCACAACGUGGUCACGAGCACAGGAAUUGAAAAACCUCAGGUGAUGACGAUUAUGAGAUAUAUUUUUACUGGAAUAAAGAUUGGGGCAGGAGUAACAGGCACGAUAAAAACGAUUGGAAAGGAGGCAUCUUUACGACGUAUUAACAAGGUUUUAGAAUCUUUCGACUCAAACAUUAAAGCCUAA